UUAGCGCUUUUCGAUAAACAUUACUUCCCAGUUAGUCUGCCGUUUCACUUCGUACGAGUUGUGUAGCAAAUUUGAGUCCGUAUUUGAAUUUCAGAAUUUAUGUAGUUUGUCAGUUGCUUCAUUCCGUGUUGUUUCCCAUUUCGUAAAGGACCACGGAAAGCUAGCGGGACUAAGUGUGAAUCGUAGUACGUAAUUGUAACCCUCCUGGCAGACUCUAUUUUGUAUUCCAACCGAUAAUACUCGUCUCCAUUACAUACGGCUGUGUACUAUCUCUGUCAAUCUGGAAACCAAGUACGUAAUUAUGAUAAGAGCCUCAAGGGACUGCCACAAUACAUCGAUAUACCGGUGCAAUUCACCGCAAUUGUGCUCGUUUUAUCGAAGCUCGUAUUGCUUUGGUCGUGACCAUCGGCAGAUUACCCUACCAAGUUUAACACUGUGCACUGAAAGUAAUAUUUUUCGGCUGCCAAAUCCUUCUAACGCAAUGUUGCAUUCUUCACUUUCAAUCGAUCACUACCACCGCAGAAAAUGUUGAUCUUGUUUACCAACAUUCUGCAAUGGACACUACUAGUGUAGCAUACUAUUUGUGGCUGGUUGUUUGUCUGGGGUGGCUUCCGGCUUUCAACGGUACAACCACUUCGAGCACACUUCUUGCAGUUUUAACUGAUAGCCUCACUAUAUGUGGUGAAAGAGAAUGUCAUCCGGAAACUGAAGUGUGCAGGGAGGAGAGCUACUGCGAGUGUAAACCACACUUUGAAAAUGUAGUAUCAUUCGAAUGUUUGCCUUGUCCAGGCGAAGGACAACACUGUCGGGGUUGCUGUAUCAGCGAUGCACUCACUUGUUAUCGUGGCGUUUGUCAGAGGUGUUCAUUGGAUAGUAAUGGAAAUUGCAUCAGCCAGGAGUCCUUGUUUUUCUUGACCGCUGCUCAAGUAGCGCUGGCCACCGCUAUGGUGCUGGGCGUGAUUUCUCUUAGUUUUCUGCUGUACAAAACCUUGCGCAAUCGUUUAAGGCGCAACAAUCCAGUACUUGAGAGUGAAUUCCGCCAAUCAGUCGCCAGCCGUGUUUCGUUAUCAUCGAUACAACAGCGCGUCAUUAGGCGCUUACGAGAUCGUCCGCCGAAAUACGAAACGAGACACAAUUAUGAGUACCAGCAGAGACAAACCGAACGGCAGACAAGUCAGCAAAGCACAUCGGCCGAUAAUAUUGAACAGCGCAAUGCUGCGCCAAUCGGCGGUCCGCCUCCUGCAUACGAUGGUGAUACGCUUUCUCUAGCGGAAAAUCCGCCACCUUACACGCAAGAACAAUCCGAUGGACCGAUAGGAAGUGGCAUUGCCGUCAUCGAUAUUCCAUCGACCAACACAACUGAGCAUUCGCGGUCUACGGAUGAGACGAAUGAUUACAGUGCGAGUAGCGUCCAGGGAAUAACGAAUCAUGGAUUCGAGCCGGACAAAAUUACUCCAUCACAGCCACCAAUCACACAGUCUCCAAAUAGCGAUGAAACCGUUGGAUGUCCCAAGGAUGCGUGUUAUGAUAUUCCCCUAGUCAGUAGCAAUGAUAAGACGGUCUACAUGUAAGGAACCGAGCUGAACUGCGGUAAAAAGAGCACAUUUUACUAAGUACGCUUGGACUUUUUAAAGCAACGUUGUAAUGUACCAUGAUGGAUGUUACUCUUGAUCUUAUAAAAGGAAGACAAUUACCUCUUUCGACGGUUCAA